AUGCACUCCUCAAUUCGCCCCAAUCAGUUUGUCCUCUUGCGGCUGCCUUCAGAGACGACAAAGAUUGUUCAGAUAGUCCCGAACACACUGAUUAAUUGCGGAAAAUUCGGAUCGUUCCCUGCAAACCAGAUUAUCGGACGGCCUUUCUACCUAACGUUCGAGAUCCUCGAGACACCUGGCGACAGCCAGAGCACUCACCUGCGCAUUGUGCCCGCGACCGAACUACAUGCGGAAUCCCUGAUAACAGAGGGAGAAGGCGAUGAUGAUGUUGAAGUAAACGAGGAGGGGCUGCCCGUGCGCACGAACCGCGAGAUCGUCGACGAUGCCUCGACCCAAAAACUUACGCUAGAGGAGAUUGAAGCUCUGAAGAAGGAAUCAACAGGUGCAGGGAAGGAUAUUAUUGCCAAAAUUCUGGAAUCGCAUACCGCUCUGGAUCAGAAGACGGCAUUUUCGCUCGCCAAGUACACGCUGCGUAAACAGAAGAAAUACAUGAAGCGAUUUACGGUCUUUCCGAUGGAUGUCAGCGCACUUACAAACUAUAUGCUCGAAAAUCGAGAUUCCGCAACAAAAAGUAUGGAGUUGCGUGACGAGCUUGUGGGGCUGAUUGGGUCCUGGGGAAACGUGCACCAUGGCGGCGAUGCCACAUUACAGCGGACUUUAUCGAAACCGAACGGCCGCUACCUGGUUGUUGACGAAACGGGAGGUUUAGUUCUUGCAGCGAUGGCGGAAAGAAUGGGUCUUCUCCACCCCGAUGAAGAGUCAGAAGAUGAUGUGCAAGGGGACGGAGCACUUGAGGAACAAACACCUGUACAGGACGGGAAUCCUGAGGAAGAGACUACUAAGCCAACACCACGCAUGCAACGGCCAUCGCAAAUGUCUGCAACAGGAAACACCAUAACUCUGAUCCACGCGAACAAGCAAUCAAACGCAUCAUUGCUUAAAUUCUUCGGCUACGACCAAAACAACCCCGACGAAUCUCAUCCCCUCUUCACUCAUCUAAAGACUGUCUCCUGGCUCCAACUUCUAGAUCCCGAGGCUGACCCCAUCUACGCCGAGGAACCGGCUAUUAUCCCAGAGGCAGAACUAGCCACCCUCAAAACAAACAAGCGCGGCGCAUACCACCGGAAACGAAACCGAUGGUCGCGUGUGCAGAGCGUCGUCAACGAAGUCCGAGCAGGUGGCUACGACGGCCUCGUUAUCGCCACACUCAUGGACCCCGAAAGUGUCCUCCAGCAUACCGUGCCCCUUCUUGCAGGCUCAGCACCUGUAGUCAUCUACUCGCCUACCAUCGAGCCCUUGACCGAAAUCGCAGACCUCUACUCCACCGCCCGGAAAACAGCAUACAUCAACAGGAAGCGAGACCUAGAAGAGCAAAAACAGGCCAGUGGCGAGGCCAACCCAGAGAAUGGCGAGUACCCUGAAUUAGCUGCAGAGUUCUCUCUCAAUCCGACAUUGCUCCUUGCACCGACGCUUGAGACAGUUCGAGUGCGGCCGUGGCAGGUUCUUCCCGGCCGCACGCAUCCGAUGAUGUCUGGCCGAGGAGGUGCAGAGGGUUACAUCUUCCAUGCAAUUCGGGUUCUCCCAACAGCGGGAUUCAUUCAAGCCGCUGGAAACCCGAGUCGCAAGAGGAGAAAGCUUGCGCCUGCGCAGUCGACUGCCACGCCGGGUAGCACGACAAGCGCGGAUGUCGAGAUGAAGUUAUGA